CACUUUUCUAAGAUGCUCACAUACAUGUGCCUAAUUUUGCUCUUCAUUUGUGUGAAAGGUGUGUCUGUUGUUGAGACAGAUGAAGUAAAGUCAGUAUCAGUGACGGAGGGAGAUUCGGUCACUUUAAACACUGACAUUAAAGUACAGAAAGAUGAUCUGAUAUUGUGGAACUUUGGACUUCGAGAAGCUCGUAUAGCUGAGAUCUAUAAGCAGACGACUGAUAUUCAAAACAGUUAUGAGACAUUUGGAGACAGACUCCAGAUGGACAGUCAAACUGGAUCUCUGACCAUCAGAAACAUCAGAACUGAUCACUCUGGACUUUAUAAACUACAGAUCGGCAGAAGCAAAGAAACAUCAUACAGGAGAUUCAAUGUUACUGUCUAUGCUCAUCUCCCCAUUCCUGUCAUCAUCAGUAACUCUUUAAACUGUUCAUCAUCAUCAUCAUCAUCAGGAUCAUCAGUGUCCAGAUGUUCAUUGCUGUGUUCAGCUGUGAAUGUGAGUCAUGUGACUCUCUCCUGGUACAAAGGAAACAGUUUAUUGUCCAGCAUCAGUGUGUCUGAUCUCAGCAUCAGUCUCUCUCUACCUCUGGAGGUGGAAUAUCAGGAUAAAAACACCUACAGCUGUGUGAUCAACAAUCCCAUCAGAAACCAGACUCAACAUCUGGACAACAUCAGUCAACACUGUCACACAUGUGCAGACUUAUACCUUCUUUCUGAGGGUGUGAUUCCUUCACUGAUUUAUGCUCUGGUGGGAAUGUCUGCUGUUGCUGUACUUGUUUAUUACGCCAGAUCCAGACAAAGAAAGUUGAGCAAUUGUCUACUUUAUGUGAAUGAGAGGUGAAAACAUCCAUUUCAUCUCUGAAUAAAUUGUAAAAUUAGGCUAAAUGCAUUUUACACCAAAAACAAAAGAUGCAGGGCAAUGGAACACCGGAGCAGCACGAAGAACACUUUCGGUGUGAAUAACAACUAUUCACAUGACACAUAAUAGCCUAAUAGCCUAUAAUCUUUUUUUCUAAAUGAUUGUAUUUAUGUCUGUCCUGCAGCACAAACCACAUCCCUG